AAUUCAGCCAGCCGGUAAACCAAGUACAAUCGGGAAGACAGGAAGUGUUCGUCGUGUAAAGUUGCGAACAUCAGUGUAGGGUAUUUUGGAUUUUCUUCCUAUUUGUGUGAAUUUAACAUGAUAUUUACAUAUAUAUAUGUGUGAAAAUUUAAGAAAUAUAUCGUGUCAUGGGUUCGAAAUGGUGUUAGAUUGUACAUAACGGAUAUGGAAUCUAAAAACAGUGUGUUACUUCUAGCUGUCAUUUUCUUACUUCAAUUCGUAAACAACUGUCAAGCAGCAGUGCAAGAAAAUGAAGCAACGGAUACCAAAGUUCCUUUGCCAGAUGAAAAUUGUCCAGAAACUGAUGGGGCAUGCCAAGAGGACCGACAAAACCUUGAAGCAAUUGUAGCGCUACACAAACAAAUAGAUGACGAUGAAAGCGGCAACAUUGACCUGGAUGAGAGUAAGGAGUUUUUCAAAGAAGAAUUACAGAACACUGAUGGUUUUGAGAGGCAGUCUAUAUUUCAUGGGAAAGAUGACAAAAUCAGUGUGGAAGACCUUUGGAACGCAUGGAAAAAGUCAAAAGUGUAUAAUUGGACAGUAGAUGACGUCUUGGAAUGGCUCGUCACGUCUGCAGAAAUGCCUCAGUACUCCUCCAUAUUCAAGGACAAAAACAUAAAUGGAACUCAACUGCCUCGGGUGGCAGCGAAUGCCAACCAUUACCUCAGCCAAAACCUGGGCAUACGUAACCCUGUCAACAAGAAGAAGUUGUCCCUUAAAGCCAUGGACGUUGUGUUAUUUGGGCCUACCAAUAAGCCACACAACAUACUGAAAGACAUCUUGCUGGCACUGUCAUUGGUGGUGGCGGCGUGUGGUCUGUGGUUCGCUCAUCAUCAGAACAAACGCGCUAAAGAGCAGUUGCAGAAGAUGAUGUCUGACCUUGACUCUCUGCAGAAAGCUGAAGAAUCAUUGGUCGAUAUGUCGGAAAAAUUACAGAAGGCAGAAGAAGUCCAAAAUGAGGUGGUACAAGAAAAGAAAGACAUUGAAAGAAAAUAUCGUGAAGAGAUUGAAAUAGCGAAGGCGGAGGCAGAGCGGUUGAAGCAUGAGCGACAGGGCAGCAACCUCGAGGAGAUGUCACGGUUACAGCUGGCCGAAGAGGAACUGGAACAGCUGCGUGCGGCCCUGUUGCAAGCAGAGCAAGAGUUGGAAAACAACUGGGGCUUUGGAGCACCCACAGAGCUUCAGCAGUGGUUACAGCUCACCUACGAACUCGAGCACCAGCAUUUCCUUGCAAAACAGAAAGAGGCACAACGACAAUUUAGCAAUGCAAAAGAUGCGUGUGAAAAGAUCCGCAGAAAAAGAACCGGUGUUCUGGGAACCCUACGAAUUGCUCAGGGUAACUCCAUAGACGAUAUUGAUGAGAGAAUAGUGCAAGCCAGAAUGGCGCUGGAAGAGAUUCGCCAUGAUAUGCAAGAGAGAACACAACGAUGGCAGGCGAUAGAAAGAUUCUGUGGGUUCCCGUUACGUACCAACCCAGGGAUGACCAAGCUGAUCCAGGCCUUGUAUGGGGAUGCAGGCUCACUCUCCAGACUAGCAGCCGUGGCGCCCAUGAAUGUGGAGGAUGCUGACGAGGACUACCCGCCACAUUUCCCCACGGCCGCAGCCAUGUUAUUCAGUACACCAUCAAAUGGUUUACGUCCAUCUGCCACAUUCACAGAUAUAGCUUGUAUGAAACGGCGAAUGAGUCUUAGAGGCCUCGGUGGAGGUAUGGGAGAGUUGAAGAGACGUCAGCUGACGAUGGGAAGCACACAGUCUCUUGCCACACAAUCUCUCACCUGCAAGUCAGUGUCGAGUCUUGCUCACGUUGGGUUGAAACGGGACUCGGAGAUCCCUGGAAUUAAGUCGCCAGUGGUAUCGAGCUCAAAUGGGAACCAUUCCAUGCCUGUAUCAUUCCAUCUGGGCCAGCAUAGCUAAAACAGUGUACAUGACAAAAAACUAGUGUUUGACAAGCAAAUUGAGUAAGUGAACUGCUGGACUGUUUACUAUUGCUGUAAUUAGUAUGUACCAAUAAUGGUCCUAAAACCCCUUCCAAGAGCUUUAUAUUUUAUUUCAAUUCUCAUUUCCAUGUGCUGAUUCAGGCAUAUUUGUUAUGCAAUUCAUUCACGUUCAGUUUGUAAAUUAACAGCAUCAACAAGCAAACAAUUAUGAUGUAUAUAUCAUUCUAAUACAUAGUUAUAUAAAUGUACAUGUAUAUCAUAAAGGGAAUACCCCUGAAAUCACUAAGUCUUGUCAAGUGGUAAUUUGUACUUAAAAUACUUUGAAUACUGGAAAUGUUGUGCAUGAAAUUACAUUUUACCAAUUCAAUGUAAAAUGUGUUUCACCAACUGGUGGUGUCCUUGAUCUGAGACCUUUGAUUUUAUAAUUCAUAAUAUCCUGAUGAUGGUAAAGAUAAUCAUAAAGCUCUCAAGGGGUUCUGGGUUUUGGUCUUGUUGUGGUAGUUAUGAAAUAUCUUUGUUUGAAUUUAGAAACGGUGAACAUUAUGGUAUUGCAUGUGAUUUGACAGAAAAUACUUUGCAAAUGUUGAAUUUAGUUAUAUAGGAUCAUAUACAAGCUGUCAUUCCAUACCAUAUUUUAUUUUAAAAGUUCAGGCAUUGUGUUUGUGAGCGAGACUUAGGGAAUGUUAAUGGUAUGAAAGAACAACUAGUGUCUGAUCUUUUUAUGUCCCCCACUAUAGUAGUGGGGGACAUAUUGUUUUUGCCCUGUCUGUUGGUUGGUCUGUUGGUUGGUUGGUUGGUUGGUUGGCCUGUUGGUUGGUUUGCGCCAACUUUAACAUUUUGCAAUAACUUUUGCUAUAUUGAAGAUAGCAACUUGAUAUUUGGCAUGCAUGUGUAUCUCAUGAAGCUGCACAUUUUGAGUGGUGAAAGGUCAAGGUCAUCCUUCAAGGUCAGAGGUCAAAUAUAUGUGGCCAAAAUCGCUCAUUUUAUGAAUUAUUUUGCAAUAUUGAAGAUAGCAACUUCAUAUUUGGCAUGCAUGUGUAUCUCAUGGAGCUGCACAUUUUGAGUGGUGAAAGGUCAAGGUCAAGGUCAUCCUUCAAGGUCAGAGGUCAAAUAUAUGUGACCCAAAUCGCUUAUUUUAUGAAUACUUUUGCAAUAUUGAAGAUAGCAACUUCAUAUUUGGCAUGCAUGUGUAUCUCAUGGAGCUGCACAUUUUGAGUGGUGAAAGGUUAAGGUCAAGGUCAUCCUUCAAGGUCAGAGGUCAAAUAUAUGUGACCCAAAUCGCUUAUUUUAUGAAUACUUUUGCAAUAUUGAAGAUAGCAACUUCAUAUUUGGCAUGCCUGUGUAUCUCAUGGAGCUGCACAUUUUGAGUGGUGAAAGGUCAAGGUCAAGGUCAUCCUUCAAGGUCAAAUAUAUGGGUCAAAAUUGCUCAUGUAAUGUCACUUCUGCAAUAUUGAAGCUAGCAAUUUUAUAUUUGAAAUGCGUGUGUAUCUCAAGCAGCUGCACAUUUUGAGUGGUGAAGGGUCAAGGUCAAGGCCAUCCUUCAAGGUCAAAUGUCAUAUAGGGGGACAUUGUGUUUCACAAACACAUCUUGUUCUUCCUGUGCUUUACAAUAAGAAAAGAAACAUGAUAUUUAUGUAAACUUCAUGCUAAAAUCAAAAUGUUUUAUUGCACGACUUCACCUGAUGUCACAACAAAAUUUCAACAUUAACAUAACACAAUCAGUGAGUCAAAAAAAAUGAAAAUUCUCAAACACAUGCUUAAUAUAAUAUGCAUUAUGGUUGUAUUACAUAGAAGACAGGAUGUAGCAUGUGAUAUAAGGUUAUGUUGUCAGACAAGAAAACUGGACAACGAUCCUUGUGCCAAACAAGAACAAUCAUAUUUAAAAGAAAGCACAACAGCAAGAUGGCUUUAUUCUUCAGCAGGUAAAUACAAUAAGUUGACUCCAUGUGCAGUGGAUUUAUUUUGUCAAUAAAUGCCCAAUUGGGGUGUUCAAGAAUGGGAACAAUUGUUGUUGUUUUUUAUUUUGAACCAGAAAAUCUUGCUUUUAACCUAAGUUAUCGCAUCCUUCAACCAUGUGUUUCAUAUUGUAUAACUUACUUAAAUGUAUAUUGCCUUUAAGCUUGCAUUGUAUAUGAUAUUUACAUGCUUGUCAAGAUUUUGUUUCUGCAAGUGAUUAAAAUUGUAUGCAAACCAAUGGUACGUAAAAAAACACUACACACAGGUUUGUGGAUUUGCUUUGGUGCAAGUAUAUUAAGUUAAAAAAAAACACUAUUAUGCUAACCUCAGUUAUUCUUCUUGACAAUUUGCAAAUUGUUUAUGAUGUGCUUUUAUUUUAAAAGUUAUCAUAUUAAUUACACAUAAUCAAUAACAAAACUAUGCAACAAUACUAACUUAUGAGACAAAAAUAGUUUGAUAAUUUAAAGUUGAAAGUAAUUAUGUGAUCAUAAACAUCUUGUAAUUUCCAUUUGGAAAGUUUUUCAAUGCUAAUACUUCUGCACCUAAGUAGUGAAUAUAUCUUUCAUCUUUGUUUCAUCUUAAAAUGUUUUUUUUUAUCAACGUUGUUAUGUCUGUGUUUUAUUUAUAUAAGAAUUGAUUAUUGUACAUAGUGUCGUUUUUUAUAAAUAAACCAUGACUAGAAGUUUAUGCCACUUUCCAAACUUCUGGAAGUGGGUUAUUUAAUAACAAACUAUGACUCACAAGUAUUACUUUGUAACUUUGUUCAAACAGGGAUUUUCUGUCUAUUUAUCAAGUUUGUACUAGAUAGACCUACAGAGUGGCAUGAAUCUUAAAACACUAAUAUUUAAAACAGUGUGUUCAAAAUGUGCAAUAUUAAUAUUACAUAGCAUUUCAGCGCAAGAUGAUCAUUAAUUAAAUGAUGCAAUUUUCAUUCAUAAGAGCCUACUUAGAAUGUCUUGGCUUCACCCAUUAUUGUAUUGAAUUAAUUUUCAUUUUGUAUACCAUGUUUGCAGACACAGACUGAAGCAUAGCCAAACAUUGAUGGAAGAAUCAGGCACCGAUACAGACUCAACUUUAUCCUCCUCAUGCUGAAGGGGAUGGACAAGUCGCUGUAAUAACGUAGUUGUAUUCUACAAUACAAUAACACAGAGGUGUUAUAAGACAAUUGUACUGAGGACCUUGAUUUAUGUAUUAUGGUUCACAACCCAUAGCUAUUAGAAUAAUUUGUGACUACAUGUAUCACAUCAUUUUGAUUAUAAACGACUUUGAAAUGAUAAAAAAUACACCUUUCUGAAACAACAGCAACAACAUUUCACUUUAAAUUUGUAUAUGUAAUAUAUAGUGAUAAAAACAACAACCGAAAAGUACUUUUUUUAUCAUUUCUUGAAUAGUUAUCAUAAAACAUGAUGAGUUCACUUAUUAUUAUCAUAGCAGCCCAGACGACCUGUUUUCAAGGUAUUGCUUCAUUCAAUCAAACACUUCAGUUAUGUGAUGUGACGCUAAUCAUAGGCAAAACUUUUAGCACAUUUCAAUGGAACGGAUUUACUGAAUGUUUAUAAAGUCAUGUUUAGCUCCACUUUUCAAUGAAGCAAGCUAUUCUAAUUGCCAUGGUGUGCUGAUCUAGGUUUACGUUUUUUGAGAAGCUAGUUCCUAAGGAAUUGUUUUUUGUUAUAUUAAGGCCAAUUUGUGUAAGUCUAGUUUGAAAUGUUUCAUUAUUGCUGGCAAUUUGUUAUUUUGAAAUUUGGAUUUAUACUAUGCAAGUUAAGUUUCAUUCAUCACUAAAUUUUAGAAUAACUUAAUGUUGGUUGCUCAAAUAUAAAAGUCAUACUUUAAAAAUAAAUUCUCAAAUAUGUGCACAUUGUAACUUGAUCAUUCAUUGGACAUUGGAAGCAUUUAGACUUACCAUAAUUUAAAAAUAACUUGUCACAAAUGUUAACCAUUUGUUUGUGAUAUGUUUGUAUGUGAAACCCUUGCUAAGGGUCAUACACUUGUUGAAGCUAAAAAUAUAGGCAAGUUACAGGUUGUGCAAGCCAUAACGUCAACAUUCAACAAGCAAUCAUAAUAUAACAUGCCUCACAUGUUCACCCUGAUGCCAGUGCCCUUAGCUUCAAGUUGUGCGGUCAUUUUAAAUUAAAUGAGCCUUGCUAUGCGAAAAUGGGGCUUAAUGCGUGUGUGUAAAGUGUUGUCCCAUAUUAUACUGUGCAGUUAAACUGGUUUUUGAUAAGAAGUUACUUCCGUGCAAAGAAAAAUUUUUAAAAAAGGAAAGUUUUGUCCCUAAUUAGCAUUUUCCAACCGCACAUGUUAAUCUGGAACUAAACUACUGAUACGCAAAUGCUUUACGCCCUGUUUUCCCGGAGCGCCGCUCAUAUAUUAUUAAUGUCACUCUUGAAAAUAGGCCCAUCAUGUGGCUUCAGGCAUAUUGUUUGUUUUAAUAAUAAGGAAUACAGCAUUUACCUGUAUUGUUAACAAAAAUACAUGGCUUUCUGAUAAUGAACAAUGGUAUCUUGGGGUGGGGCAGCUUGAUGAAGAGGGAAAAAUGCAAGGUAUGGAUAGAGAUGACUAGGGAAUGGACGUAGUCCAAAGUUUGAGCAUGGGGCUAUUUUUCAUUCAGCAUUAUAUGUGGCAACUGUUUGUGAUAUUUCUCAGCUGCAUUUUGUAAAUAUCAUACAACAUAUACCUUUCCAUUUUUGUUAUGAAUGUUAUUGUUCUUUUGUUGUUUUUUCACUUUGUUGUUGCAAAACCAUCUGGGUUAAAUACAUUGUUUGUAUAUAUUGUCAUCCCUUGCAGUCCAGGUACCAUAAUAAUUCAAAGAAGGCCCAAUAGCCCUUCCUGGUUUGCACGGUACCAAAUACUAUGUUAUAAAUGUAUUAUUAUGCCAUAUACUGUUGAUCCCAUUUUGUAAGUAUUUAAAUACAUGUACCCUUGUAAAGUUGUGUAUGCAUUCCUGUUUUGUUUGUACAAGAUGUAUUAUAUUUUAGCUUUUGAAAAUUCCCACUUGCAAGCUGCUUUCAAUGUUAAGUUUAAUCUUUAUGAAACAAAUGUAUAUAUGCAGGUAUUGCAAACACUCUUUAUUGUUUCAUGUUUACCAUUUGGUGCAGAUGUCUUUCACUUUUGAGUUCCCUACGGGUGUGACCCGAUGGGACUUAAGGUUUAGCCCUGUCCAUGUCUCUGUCUUUCUUUCUGGCUCAAGAAAUCACUCAAAAAAGAACAAAAGUACAUAAAAGUCAUAAUAUUGUUGAUGGCAGAGUGGUUUCCCUGAUAGACUAAUUCCAGCCGCGCUAGGGACAAACGUUUUCUUUCUUAAUUUCUUUUCCUUUUCUUUAAAUGGAAAAAUUGCCUCAAUCUGUGAACAAGUUCCUUUAAAAUCUAAUUUCUGGAUCCUUUAAUUUCUAAAAAAAGGAUGUGUUCUAGAUUGAUUAAAACAUGGUAAGUGGAUAGAUGGCUAUGUGGGGAUGAUGCAUGUUCUUUCUUUUUUUCCAUCUGUUUGUCUAUCCUUGUAUGUCCAUCAGAUAAAGGAUCCUGCAAUAACUCAAUAAGUAGUUAGGUUGAUUACACCUUGGUAUGUAAACAGCAGGCCAUUUUGGAACAUGCGCGGUAUUUCAGUUUUUUCAUCAGACAAAAUAGUUGCUUUGGUAACAAAAAUAAGGUUUAACCAAAACCUGAAUCCUAAGACAACUCAAAAAGUACUUAAUCAAGGUUGAUGUAACUCAGUGUGCGGAUAGAGGGCCAUUAGAGGAAAAUGUGUCAUCUCAGUUCAGUUUUUCUGUCUGUCAGACAAAACCUUGUGUGCAGAGAGGGCAAUAUGGCCAGUAUGAAUGCAUUUCAGUUUUUGUAUGAGAUCAAAUUUUGGUUAUGAUAACAGAAUUAAUUUAAAUCUGAUGCCUAAAUCCUGCCAUAACUAAAUUGUUAGGUUGAUAAAACUUACUUAGAUCAUGUUCUUACUUCAAUAACAUGUACCCAGUGGUGGAUUACUGUUUUGUCUGUGACAAAGACAAUUGUCAGUGAAGUAAUGGAUUUGGACUUUGUCAUAGAAUCCAUUAAAACUGUUUAUUUGACAUGUUGUUUUGCUUGUAAAAUAAUGUUUUAUUUCUUAUAUUGCCUUUUGGUGUGCAAAAAUGACUAUGCAAUAGCCAAGUCAUUAUCAACCAAUCAGCAAACAUUUUGAUUCUUUAAACCUUUGCACAUGCAAUGCGAUUAACAUGUAUUAAUUUAUACAGAACAGGUAGCAAUUUUUAAUGUAAUAUUUAAUAGCUUAAACUGUGGAACUGACAAGCCUUUUACAUUAAAACAUGCACAUACCGUGUCAAAGAUUUUUUUAAAUGUUAUAUCAAAUGUGUAUUAAUGUAUUCAAUACAUGUAUUAUGUGAAAGAGCUCUGUUUGUGUAUACCGGUACAUUUUUAUCUGAUUAUUUUUAUUUGGAAAUUCAUGGUGAAAAGUUUGUUUUUAUAUCCAUUUCCAAGGCAAGAUGUAAAAUUAAGGCCAGCACUGACAGACAUCUACUAAAUUCUAGUAAUAUAUUUUUAUGCCCCCCUUCGAAGAAGAGGGGGUAUAUUGCUUUGCACAUGUCGGUCGGUCUGUCGGUCCGUCCACCAGGUGGUUUCCAGAUGAUAACUCAAGAACGCUUGGGCCUAGGAUCAUGAAACUUGAUAGGUAAAUUGAUCAUGACUCGCAGAUGUACCCUAUUGAUUUUGAGGUCACUAGGUCAAAGGUCAAGGUGACCCGAAAUAGUAAAAUGGUUUCAAGAUGAUAACUCAAGAACGCUUAGGCCUAGGAUCAUGAAACUUGAUAGGUAGAUUGAUCAUUACUCGCAGAUGACCCCUAUUGAUUUUCAGGUCACUAGGUCAAAGGUCAAGGUCACAGUGACCCGAAAUAGUAAAAUGGUUUCCAGAUGAUAACUCAAGAACGCUUAUGCCUAGGAUCAUGAAACUUUGUAGGUACAUUGAUCAUGACUCGCAGAUGACCUCUAUUGAUUUUCAGGUCACUAGGUCAAAGAUCAAUGUCACGGUUACCCGCAAUAGUAAAAUGGUUUCCGGAUGAUAACUCAAAAACGCUUAUGCCUAGGAUCAUGCAACUUCAUAGGUACAUUGAUCAUGACUCGCAGUUGACCCCUAUUGAUUUUCAGGUCACUAGGUCAAGGUCAUGGUGACCCAAAAUAGUAAAAUGGUUUCCGGAUGAUAACUCAAGAACGCUUAUGCCUAGGAUCAUGAAACUUGAUAGGUAGAUUGAUCAUGACUCGCAGUUGACCCCUAUUGAUUUUCAGGUCACUAUAUCAAAGGUCAAGUUCACGGUGACCUGAAAUAGUAAAAUUGUUUCCGGAUGAUAACUCAAGAAUGCUUACGCCUAGGAUCAUGAAACUUCAUAGGAACAUUGAUCAUGACUGGCAGAUGACCCCUUUUGAUUUUCAGGUCACUAGGUCAAAGGUCAAGAUCACAGUGAUUCGAAAUAGUAAAAUGGUUUCUGGAUGAUAACUCAAUAAUGCUUACACCUAGGAUCAUGAAACUUCAUAGGAACAUUAAUCAUGACUGGCAGAUGACCCCUAUUGAUUUUGAGGUCACUAGGUCAAAGGUCAUGGUUACCCGAAAUAGUAAAAUGGUUUCCAGAUGAUAACUCAAGAACGCUUAUGCCUAGGAUCAUGAAACUUCAAAGGUACAUUGAUCAUGACUCGCAGAUGACCCCUAUUGAUUUUGAGGUCACUAGGUCAAAGGUCAAGUUCACGGUGAC